CAUAGAUACAAUCAGACAACGUUUUGACUUUGUAAAUUCAAUUUUGAACUAAUAUCAGCACAUAUAUUGGAUUAAAACGGAUUAAUAUAAAUGGCUUCAAAGGAAACUCCAGUGGAAUUUCCAAAAGUACCUUUGGCUGAUUUUGUACUCCAAGCUGCCGAUUUGUUAGAUUCUUUCCCAGCAUUGAUCGAUGGACGAACUGGGUUAACAUGGAGCUACACAGAAUUGAAAGGUUAUGUCAGGCGGAUUGCAAGUGGUCUGGCGCGUCAGGGCGUAAGACGCGGUGACGUUGUAGCAAUCUACAGUGGAAAUUGUAUAGAAUACGUGGCACUCUUCCAUGCCAUAUCCUCUCUAGGAGCAAUCACAACCACAAUAAGUCCAGCGUUUACUACCGAUGAGCUGACGUAUCAACUAGAAGAUUCUGGAGCUAAAUACAUUUUAGUGCAAUCCUACUUUCUACAGAGACUCAAAAAGGUCGAAAAAUCUAAGAUCAUAAUCAAGAAAGUGUUUGUUAUAGGGGAAUCAGAUGAACAUACGACUGUGGGUGAAUUGAUGCAGGACGAUGGCUUGGCUUUACCUCCCCAUGUGCCCAUAGAUCCCGAGAAAGAUGUCGUUGCAAUACUCUACUCAAGUGGGACCACUGGAUUGCCCAAGGGAUGCAUGCUGACCCACUAUAACGUUACUUCUCUUAUGUUCUGCUAUAAAUUAAAUAAUGACAACGUUGCUGCAGAGUUAGAAGCUAGGGGUGAAGAGCUUCCAUUUGUGAAUCCGUUGGACGAGGCAACACUAGGUAUUCUUCCAUUCUAUCACAGCUACGCCAUGAUUGUACUAAUGUGCCUCACACUGGCAAUUGGUAUUAAAUUAGUGGUGCUACCAAAAUUCAAACCAGUUUCAUUUCUGGAAGCAAUAGAAAAAUAUAAGAUCACAUAUCUUCCUCUCGUCCCACCACUGAUGGUUUUCCUCGCAAAGAGCCCUCUGGUGAGCAGAUAUGACUUGUCAAGUGUCCGCCAAAUCGGGUCAGGUGCUGCCCCCUUGAGUAAAGAUAUAGAAAUGGCGGUUAAGGAACGCUUGGGUGUUGAGCGUCUAACUCAAGGCUAUGGCAUGACGGAAACGACGACUGGAGCCCUUGCACCUCCACCCGGAAUUGAUAGGCCACCCGGAGCAGCGGGGAAGGUAUUGGCGGGCAACGAAGUCACGGUUAGAGAUCUGGACGACGGCCGAAUUCUUGGUGAGAACCAGGAGGGUGAAUUGUGGAUUCGGGGCCCUAUAGUAAUGUCUGGAUAUUGGAACAAAUCUAAACAAACAGCUGAAACUAUAGAUAAAGAAGGAUGGCUUCACACAGGUGAUAUCGGUUAUUUUGAUAAGGAUGGUUGGUUCUUUAUCGUUGAUAGAAUCAAGGAACUGAUCAAAUACAAUGCCCUUCAGGUUGCUCCUGCAGAAUUGGAAGCCAUUUUGAUCACUCAUCCGGGCAUCUCUGACGUAGCAGUAAUUGGUAUCCCGGAUGAAAGUGCCGGAGAACUACCAAAGGCAUACGUCGUCCUUAGACCUGGAACAAAAUUAGAGGCGUCUAAUAUCUCAUCAUUCUUGUCCAGCAAGGUGGCACCUUACAAACAACUUCGUGGAGGAGUAGAGUUUAUAGAUGAAAUACCAAGAAAUGCAACUGGGAAGAUUUUACGAAGGGUGCUCAAGCAGCAAUCCAAAUCUCAUCAAAGUCGACUUUGAUCGUGAUCUCCCUUGGAUUUGUAUCAACAGGGUGCUAAUUCGUAAUGA